AUGUGGCUGAAGCUCUUCUUCCUGCUGCUCUACUUCGCGCUGCUGUUCGCGCUGGCGCGGCUGCUGGAGGCGGCGGUGUGGUACGAGACGGGCUUCUUCGCCGGGCAGCUCGUCGACCCGCUGGCGCUCUCCUUCCGCCGCCUGCGCACCAUCCUCGAGGGCCGCGGCCUCCUGCCCCCCGCCGCCGCCGAGCACCCGCGCCUGCGCCGCCUCGUGCGCGACUCCGGAGACCUCAUGGAGGGUGAACUUUAUUCUGCUCUUAAGGAAGAGGAAGCUUCUGAAUCUGUUUCAAGCACAAACUUCAGUGGCGAAAUGCAUUUUUAUGAACUGGUAGAAGACACGAAGGAUGGUAUCUGGCUUGUACAGGUCAUAGCAAAGGACAAGAGGCCUCUUAUGGGGAAAGUCCAUUGGGAACAGAUGGUGAAGAAGGUGUCCAGAUUUGGCAUACGUACAGGCACUUUUAACUGCUCCAGUGACCCAAGGUCUUGCAGGAGGAGAGGCUGGGUGAGAUCCACACUAAUCAUGUCCGUCCCACAAACGACAACAUCCAAAGGAAAAGUGAUGCUUAAAGAAUAUGGUGGACACAAGAUUGAGACAGAGCAGAUUUUCAAAUGGAUAACAGCUCACACAGCUUCUCGGAUCAAAACCAUCUUCAAAUCAGAACACUUGAAAGAGGAAUGGAACAAAAGUGACCAGUAUCGAGUCAAAAUAUACCUGUUUGCUAAGUUAGACCAACCUCCUGCCUUCUUCUCAGCACUCAGUGUAAAGUUUACUGGAAGAGUUGAGUUUAUUUUUGUCAAUGUGGAGAACUGGCACAACCAGAGUGAGAUGGCAGAGAUGGGGGUCUAUAAGAUGCCCUCUUACAUCCUGAGGACUCCAGAGGGCAUUUACCAGUAUGGGAAUAAUACCGGGGAGUUCAUUUCCCUGCAUGCCAUGGACUCCUUCUUGCGUUCUUUACAACCUGAAGUUAAUGAUUUGUUUGUUCUCAGCCUGGUCUUAGUUAACUUAAUGGCUUGGAUGGACCUCUUUAUCACCCAAGGGGCCACUAUAAAGCGCUUCGUUGUUCUUAUAAGCACUUUGGGGACCUAUAAUUCACUCUUAAUUAUUUCUUGGCUACCAGUCCUAGGUUUUUUGCAGUUACCUUAUUUAGAUGGUGUCUACGAAUGUAGUUUAAAACUGUUUAGGUAUUCUAAUACAACUGCCUUGGCCUCAUGGGUGCGAGCAGACUGGAUCUUUUACUCGUCACACCCGGCUUUGUUCCUCAGCACUUACCUGGGCCAUGGCUUAUUAAUAGAUUAUUUUGAGAAGAAGAGACGGCACCAGAACAGUGAGGAAGUGAAUGCCAAUAACCUCGAGUGGCUGUCAAGCCUGUGGGACUGGUACACCAGCUACCUCUUCCACCCCAUGGCCUCUUUCCAGGACUUCCCCUUUGAGUCAGACUGGGACGAAGACCCCAACCUGUUCCUGGAGCACUUGGCUUUCCCCGCUCUGUGGCUUCACCCCCUCAUCCCCACGGAUUACAUCAAACACUUGCCCGUGUGGCGAUUCAGAUGUCUCGGGGGCCCUUCUGGAGAGAUGGCGGAAGGCUCUCAGAGUGAAAGCGAUUCAGACUGUGACUGCAAAGAUGUCCUCAGGAGCAGCAGCCCCCAGCAGGUCUUGGAGGAGGAGGAGGAGCCCAAGGCCCUUCAGAGCUCCCGUGAAGGAGAACUUCUGUACAGUGCCAAGGUCUGUUCGUGGGCUGAAGCUGACUCAGACACAGAGCCUGACUGGUCCGCUUGGCCUGCUGGCACGUUGCACUGCACAGAAUGUGUCGUAUGUCUUGAGAAUUUUGACAUCGGCUGUCUGCUGAUGGGCUUACCAUGCGGCCACGUGUUUCAUGAGAAUUGCAUUGUGACAUGGCUAGUGGGGGGGCAGCACUGCUGUCCCGUUUGUAGAUGGGCCUCUUAUAAGAAAAAGAAACCAUACAGAAAUCCUCAUGCUUUGUCAAAUCACAACUCAUCUUAGCGGUGUGACCUUCCCACACAUUUCCUGCUUGCCUUUUACAUGUUAGUCAAACAGACCUUGUGGUUUGAAGUUUUAGUUUAAAUGUCAGUCUGGUGAAUGAAAAAAACCAUGAUGUUAACCUUGAUGAUGGACUCACUUGGUUGCCUUGUAUGUUGAAACAAUAAAUCCUUCCUGUGCAAUUACACUUUCCUUCUCCACAUUCUGAAGUUCAAACGUUAGCAUUAUUUGGGGUUGCUUUGCUUUGUUUUUUCUUUCUGCAAAUAUAUUCCAGCAAAUGCUCAACAAGAGAUUAAUAAUUCUAAUGUAAUAUAAUUAUUUUGUUUAAAUGUUUCUUCCUUUAGUCUCUUCACCCCACUUUCUGUUGAAUAAUGUAUGGUCUGUGAGAAUACAUUUAAAAACAAAUCUAUGAAAAUAAAUUAUUUUAAAAGAA